UUUAUGUUAUCGCGACAGAUUUGGUUAAUUGAAUGCCUCUAUGAAGCUCGCUAAUUCGAAUAUUAACUUUUUUUAGUUAGUAUUCGUACAAGUAAAUCAUUCUUCUCAGGAACAUGUUCACCAUGAAAGAGUGAAUCUUUACAAAUCACGGAUAGAUCGUGUUCGAAAGCAGUUUUGUUUUAAACCCCUUGGAUUUCGAGUAUGGAUUCGUUUUAGUGGAGAAAAUACACAACAGUAUGGCUCUACACAGCGUACCGCCUAAAAGGAAAGAAAUUUAUAAAUACGAGGCACCAUGGCCUUUGUACAGUAUGAACUGGUCUGUCCGUCCUGAUAAACGAUUUCGUUUGGCUCUUGGUAGUUUUGUGGAAGAAUACAACAACAAAGUACAAAUAGUUUCCCUUGACGAAGAGACUUCUGAAUUCAGUGCCAAAAGUACUUUCGAUCACCCCUAUCCGACUACAAAGAUUAUGUGGAUACCAGACAGCAAAGGUCUGUUUCCUGACCUCCUGGCUACAUCCGGAGAUUACCUGAGAGUGUGGCGAGCAGCUGAACCAGAAACACGAUUGGAGUGUGUUUUAAACAAUAAUAAGAAUUCAGACUUCUGUGCUCCCCUUACAUCCUUCGAUUGGAAUGAGGUGGAUCCAAAUUUAAUCGGUACUUCGAGUAUAGAUACCACGUGUACGAUCUGGGGCCUGGAAACAGGACAAGUUUUGGGUAGAGUCAAUAUGGUCACCGGACACGUGAAGACGCAGUUAAUUGCUCAUGACAAAGAAGUAUAUGAUAUAGCGUUUAGUCGCGCUGGCGGUGGUCGUGAUAUGUUUGCAUCUGUUGGCGCGGAUGGUUCCGUAAGAAUGUUUGACCUACGACAUUUAGAACACUCAACGAUAAUCUACGAGGAUCCGCAGCACACGCCUCUUCUAAGACUGGCGUGGAACAAACAGGAUCCUAAUUAUCUCGCGACGGUAGCGAUGGAUGCUUGCGAAGUGAUUAUUUUAGAUGUCCGAGUCCCGUGUACACCGGUCGCAAGGCUAAAUAACCAUAGAGCGAGCGUCAAUGGAAUAGCAUGGGCGCCACACUCGUCUUGCCAUAUUUGUACAGCGGGAGACGAUCAUCAAGCAUUAAUUUGGGACAUACAACAAAUGCCAAGGGCUAUCGAGGAUCCGAUCCUUGCUUACACAGCUGCAGAAGGAGAAGUGAAUCAAAUACAGUGGGGCGCUACGCAGCCCGAUUGGAUUGCAAUUUGUUACAACAAAGCUGCAGAAAUCCUUAGAGUAUAAAAAAAGUAUUUUCUACUAGGUUUCCAUUUUCUCAGAUGUAACAAAAUUUCUUUACGAAUUGUUACUUAAAGUCAUUUGGGAUCACCAUUUUAUUUCAAUAUUUGUAUGGAUGUAAGCUCCUGCCAUCCGUUUUUAUUACUUUUUUGUACCUGUAAAAUAGACAUGUACAAAUACUAGUUAUUUUGUCAAAUAUUGAGAAUUCAAUAAGGAAAAUGCUUGAACGAUCCGGGUCUAUUACGAUAUAGCGCACGGAUAUCUCGUAAUCAAACAAUUAUACAGAGUUCAACUGUAUUUGUAAAAAAUUUUGAAUCGAUUUUAAUCAUUUUAUACGAUUUAAUUAGUUUUACGAGUCUAAAUUAUUUAAAUAAGGCCAGGCCGAAAAUAUCAAGUAUAUGUACAUGUUAAUGUAACAAGAAUGCAAUGUAUUAUCAUUGUGCCACUGAUAUUUAUGUAUGUAUUUAAAGUCCUCAGGAUUAUCAAGCAAAUGUACACUUGAUCAACUGAAAUGAUGCAAAUAUAGAAAAGCUCAUUGAACAAUAGUUAAAGGUUAAAUAGUAGUAUAAAAUUUGUAUAAGAUUUCGUACAUCUUCAAUAAUCAAUAAAUGAAUAUCAUUGCAUUCUGGAGAUACACGAUAUAUAGAGACUGACGAAUCACAUGUAUAUUUAUAAUAAUGUAAAUGAUCGUGAUUGAUGUAUUUUAUUUUGUAACUAUAUACCGAUGAUUAUCGAUUAAAUUAAAAACAAUUAUAAAUUUAUCCAUUUUGCAAAGGGAUCGUAAAAUAGCCGAGAAAAUUCGAACAAACGUUUUUCAUUAAAUGGAACAAAAUGAAAUAUAUCAGUUACGUUACACGAUUGUAUAUAUGUUUAUAUUUACAUACUUACUUGAUUUUGUAGAAAAUAAUAGAAUAUAAUAAUAGGUUUUCCAUAUUCUCGUCUUAUUUAAAAUAUAUACGGAAAUUAUUAUUAUAUUAUAGUACGUGUGUGUAUUCAUAAUAUAAUAAGAGAGGAAGAAAACGUUAAACUCUUUUAUUACAAUGACAAAACUUAUAGUGGUAGUAUUGGUGAUACUAGAAUUAGUAACGAAACAACUUAUGUGAUAAUAUGAUUACAUACUUACGAGUUUUCAAAAUCUUUAAGAUGUAAGAUUAUGUCAUGAAAUUGUAAUUAAAAAGUAGUUUUUUUAUACGUAAAUUAUUUAAAUUAGUACGAAGGAAAUUGAAAUGCACUAAUAAUACAUUCAUUAAGAAUCAUAUCUUCCAUAGACGACGUAACAUGAUAGGAUUCAUAAUUGACACACUACGAAUUUUAAAAAAAAGCAGAAUUUAUAUUAAUGUCCGAUGUAUUAUAAUUUACAGUUACGCAAUGGGCGAGAUGCAUUAUUUACAAUAAUGAAAUGCGAGUACAUGAGUCAGAAUAUUAGCCAAUUGAAAUACAUUAAUUUUUUUCGCAAUUAAUCUCGUGUUUGUUUUUAAUAAAAUAUCUGACGACUUCAUACAGCUGUAAGAUCAUACUAUUAUGUACUACCGCUACUUUAAUAAAUAUGAUUAACUCUGA